AUGUCUUACAACGAUAACGAUCGCGAGGACCGUACCUCAGGCUACGGUAGCAGCAACCGUGACGACAAUGAGUAUGGCUCUAAAUCCUCCGGAUAUGGAAACAAUCAGGAUGACUCUUCUUACGGCAAUAAAACGUCCAGCUAUGGAUCGAAUGAUAACGACAGCACUUCCUACGAAUCUUCUACGCGCAGGAAUGAUGACGAGGACACUUACGGAUCUGAGAAGAAGUCAUCAGGAUAUGGUUCUUCCGAUCGCAACGACGACUCGUAUGGUUCUGGCAACAAGACCUCCGAGUUCGGCUCAUCGAAGCGCAAUGACGACGACGAUUCGUACAGUAGCAACAAACAGUCAAGCUAUGGCUCAUCGGGUCGUAAUGACAACGAUAACACCUAUGGUUCAGAGAGCAAGUCUUCGGGCUAUGGAUCAUCAAACCGUAAUGACAACGACGAGGACUCAUACGGCAGCAACAAGCAAUCCAGCUACGGCUCCUCGAACCGCAAUGACAACGAGGACUCUUACGGAAGCAACAAGCAGUCCAGCUACGGUUCAUCAGACCGUAAGGAUGAUGAUGACUCGUAUGGAAGCAAGAACCAGUCAAGCUACGGCUCAUCGAACCGUGACGACGAUGACUUCGGCUCAAGCAACAAGACUUAUGGCUCAGGAAACACUUCUUCUGGGUAUGGUGGCUCUUCGGGUCGCGACGAUAAUGAUUCGUACGGAAGUUCUGAACGCAGGAACGAGGACAGCUAUGGGUCCAAUGACCGCGAGAGUUCCGGGUAUGGGGGUUCGAACAGGAGGAGCGAUGACUACUAA